GUGUCAGGUAGUCGGGUACUCUCCUCCGCUCACCUCGUCGAAGUUUGAGUGCGUUGGCUUCUCGCGAGAGUCGCGAGUCGCACAGGCGCGAGCGGGAAGAGAGGCGAUCGCGCUCUCGAACCCGGUGGACGAGGCGUAGACGAGCGCGGUAAAUUAUCAAAUUUCGGUAGUGAGAGUGCGUCGAGUGGAGAAGAGGCGUUCGCGAAACGAGUUCUCCGCUUGAAAAGGGCGGUAAGGGGACCUUGUCCAGUCGUGCGCUCUUAGCGGCACCGCCGAAACGAAAAUGGCGGGCCGUGUCGGAGACAGCGGUCGCCGCCAACGGUGUUGAAUCGUCGUAACGGACACGUGUGAUGGCGAUCGUCCAAUUGCUACCUGUACGUACUGUACGUUGGAAUUUUUUUUUUUUCACUUCCGGUGCGCGCGCGCGCUGCGCAUCGCUUAUUGUUGCCGAGCACCGAUCAUAAAUUCGACUGCGAACGGAAAACGGAAGGAAAACGGUAUACCUGAGUAUAUUGUAACAGUUGAGUGUAAACUCGUUGGUAGUAGUAAUACAUACUCUGUUCGAAAGAGAGAGACACACAUCGUAGCGGCCGUGCGAAUCUGUAAAGUGGGAGGGAGGAAGGGAAAAGACGAAGAAAGAAAGAGAGAGAGAGAGAGAGAGAGAGAGAGAGAGAGAAAGAAAUAGAGAAGGACAGAGACACGGGGCAAAUAGAAAGAGCGAAAACCCCGAGGGGUACAGCACAGUUGGACAGAGGACGCAGUGGCGGCGAGAUAUAUAGGACGGAGUGAAAGUUAAAUAGCUUUAAAUCGACAAUGGACAAACAAACACGAUGAAGUGAUUACAUCGCGAGGUGUUGACUGUUCGAUAGCGACGAAGAACGUGUUGAGAGAAAGAGAUAGAGAUAGAAAUAGAGAUAGGAGACAGAAAGAGAAACAGAGAGAGAAAGAGAGAGAGAGAGAGAGAGAGAGAUAGAGUGCCGCCGAUCGGCGGCGGCGGCAGCGGCAGCGGCGGCGGAUCGUGAGAUUGUAACACGUUGCGGAGGACGAGAAGCCUUGAUGCCGAUGCCGGCCGAAUACCACGAGGCCCACGGUAACCACGAGAACGCCAAUUUCGCUCUCGGGUCCACGCAGGACGCCAGCAACAUGACGGCCAACAUGUACCGGGUGGGAGAUUAUGUGUAUUUUGAAACUUCCACCUCAUCACCGUACCAGAUUAGAAGGAUAGAAGAAUUAAAUAAGACCGCAAAUGGAAAUGUGGAAGCAAAAGUCAUGUGCUUCUUCAGGCGGAGGGAUUUGCCUUCUACCUUAGUUAUUCUCGCGGACAAACAUCAAUUGGCAAGCGCGGAGCAGCAGAGGUCAGAAUCCCCUGCGAGCACGCAGAAUCAGAAACUCGAGAACCCUGACACUACUAAGGAAAUGACUAGUAAAGAUGGGAUUGGGCCCAAAGUGAUGAUCAAAGGGGGCGGGAAAGGGGGCUGGCUGAAGGCCCCAUUAUCGGAGGCCCAAGAGCCCCAUGGGAUGGAGGACAGUGUUCCUGGUGGAGUAACGGAAUUAAAUACUAAGCAACGUCACCAAAUGAAACAUAGAGAAUUGUUUUUAUCGCGACAAGUGGAAACCAUGCCUGCUACGCAUAUUCGGGGCAAAUGCUGCGUAACACUACUGAACGAAACCGAAUCCUUGUUAAGCUAUCUAAACAAGGAGGAUUCAUUUUUUUACUGUUUAGUAUUUGAUCCUGCUCAGCGCACUUUGCUUGCUGACAAAGGUGAAAUUAGAGUAGGUAGUAGAUAUCAGGCGGUAGAUAUACCGGCGGUAUUGACGGCCGCAGAGAAAGAAGGGGAUUCUCGUAAGUUACAAGAUUUGGAGACUCUGGUUUGGACUCCGAGACACAAUUUGACGGAUCGUCAAAUUGAUCAAUUCCUUGUGAUUAGUAGAUCAGUAGGCACCUUCGCAAGAGCCUUGGACUGCUCGUCCUCCAUCAAACAACCCUCUUUGCAUAUGUCUGCAGCUGCUGCAUCUAGAGAUAUUACUCUGUUUCAUGCGAUGGAUACCUUACAUUUGCACGGCUAUGAUUUAUCGAAUGCCUUAGCAUCUCUAGUACCUAGUACUGGUCCGGUGCUAUGUCGGGACGAAAUGGAAGAAUGGAGCGCGUCCGAGGCAAACCUAUUUGAAGAAGCACUCGAUAAAUAUGGAAAGGAUUUUGCUGAUAUACGAACGGACUUUUUACCAUGGAAAACGCUGAAGAAUGUAAUCGAGUAUUAUUACAUGUGGAAAACGACGGAUCGAUAUGUUCAACAGAAAAGAGUGAAGGCUGUGGAGGCGGAGAGUAAGCUGAAGCAAGUUUAUAUACCAAAUUAUAAUAAGACACCCGCAUCGACAACCGCACCUUCUACGGCCACAAUCGUACCUCUGGGCAAUAGCAACAGCAAUAGUAACGGAAAGCCAACCAACAUUCUGAAUGGUAACAGUAAUGGUAGCAUGGUGACUGACAAUUCUGGAAUACUUAUGGUUGGAGUUGGUGGAAAACCGUGCGAAGGCUGUCAGGGCAUGCAGAGUUCGCAGUGGUAUGCGUGGGGACCGUCGCACAUGCAGUAUCGUCUUUGUCAGUCCUGUUGGACAUACUGGAAGAAAUACGGAGGACUUAAGGUGCCAUCGCGCAUUGACGACGUCGAUCUCGAGAGAAAACGUACUGGCACAGGAUCGGACGAAGAGAGCAAGGGUAUCGGUGGCGCGCACAGGCCGCAUCGAUGCAACGUUCCCACUUGUGGCAAGGAGUUCAAGUUGAAAGCCCAUUUAAGUCGUCACUACGCGAGUACGCAUGGAGUGGAUCUGCGCGGCGCCGCUGGAAGCGGCGGUGGUGGAAGCGGAUCGCCGCGACCUGUUAUGAAGACUCGAUCCGCGUUUUACUUGCGCACUUCCCUAUUGGCUCGUGCCGCACGACGACUCUGCCCCGCGCAAUUGCGAACACGACGUCACGCCGCGCGAGCGCCGCAUCAACCGGUAAAUACAAUGUCGUUGCGACAUUUUUGCGUUCAGCUGGCUUCUAAGAGUCCCGCGGAACUCCGCAUUCUGGCGCGCGCUGUACGACCACGGCCGCGUCCACGAGUGACCGACAUCGCUUCGCGUUUGGGCGAUCUGAAUGCUGAACCGCAAACUGCCGGAGACUGGGAUUGGCUGAUGCUGACUACCCCGGCACAACGCAAGCAGCCUGAUCGGGUUUCGUUUCCACGUCCGCCAAAGGCACCUGACGGCAGUCUUUUAUACGAAAGGGUGCCGAAUAAACCCGAAGUGGAUAGGCUUACGUUAACGCCACCCCAACCGCAACCAGUCAUGUCGACCCAGCAGAAUAUCUUGAAGCGUACAAGACCCUUUGACGAAAUCAAUGGUUCAGAUGGUAUCGCUCUAAAUGCGGCACUUCCUCCCGGUGGACCGCCUACGAAAAGGAUUCAUCACGCGCAGCAACUACAUCCGAAACACACACUAGAACAUCCUGCGCCUGCUGUUCUUCCUCUCGCACCACCUCUCAAUGGCAGAGCUACUCAUCCACAUACGCUACCCCACGGUGCACCGUUGUCUAGAAGUAACGCGCGUAAACAAGUUAUUUCGUGGAUGGAUGCGCCUGAUGAUGUAUACUUUCGCGCCACUGAACAGAUCAAGCGAGUUAGGAGAACUCUGGCUUCGGUGGAAUUGCGAAGAGCAGCGCGUAAGCCGUGGCGCAGAUUGUCGAUCCCUCUGCAUCCGCCUCAUCUUCAAAGAACGGUGCGCGGUGAGGACAUGGUCGUCAUCUUGGACUGAAUCCGUAAUACAAUCGGAUAAUAUUGUGUAUGUUGGUUCGCUACACACGAAACACGACGCUGUUAUUGAUCUUUAACGAGUGAAAUUACGCAAAAUACAGGUUACAAUUAUGUGUAUUGUAAUCGACAGCUCUGACCAAACAGGGAUGCUAGCUAAAAACGGAAAGAUUUCGAAAAUUCUCCUACGACAGAAUUUUUUUCUUUCUCGGAGCUGUACAAGUCGCCGUAAUGGAGAAAAAGGCCUCGUUUGACCGAACACGCAUACUAACAAUCGACAACAUCGUUGAACUGUAACGGCUUCAUUGCUUAUGAAGUACUACUGAAGAAUUAAAUCUUUUGUUUUCUCACUAGUCAUAUUGAAUAGUAACGUGAAAAGCGAGAAAUGAAUCUUCUUCUUGUGAUAUACGAAAUACAAUAGCCGAAAUAAAUUAUAAAUUUUUUCAUAUAUGUCAUUACUCGUAUUUGAUAAUAUAUAUUGAUAAAAUGUAUCGGAAACUCCCUUUUUUACUAUCAUUAGUUACUUGCAUUAGUAAAUGUAUAUGUAUUUCAUAUGCAUAUGUUUUACAUAAUAUACAAAAACUAAUUUUAUUACAUAUAAUCCAGAUUUAGAGCUAUUUAUUAUACAUAUCAUCGGAAGCAAAUAAUGACACAGAAAGAAGCUAUUUUAUUUCAAAAUAUAUUUUACAAGAAAAAAGUUCAUAUAAUUUCUCGUUUCUCAUGUCAUAAUUUGAUAUGACGUCAAUGAGGGAGCAGGGGCUUUAAUAUUCAGCGAACUAAGUCAUUCAACGUAAAAUGAUUUUCUAUUCGUAUUAAUUAAUUAUUGUUGUUAUUAAUAAUUAUUAAGAAUUGAAUGUGUAUAUAUACAUAUGCAUCGUACCAGGCAUAGCCAAGCAACACCUAUACACACACAUACACAUACGCACUCACACAUAUAACACAUGUAUACCAGAUAUCGAAAAUCGGUAUAAUGAUGAAAAGAUUGAUCCAUACCUGCGAAUAAGCUCAUGAACGGCUGCGUUCAGAAACACAACGAUUGUGUGAUUUUUCAGUGACAUUAAGAAUGCGAAUAUACCUCUAAAUCUAUGUCAAUCGGAUCAUGUUUUUUAAAAGUCGAUCACCCAACCGUUGCGUUUUCUAUAAGCAGCUAAUGUUACGGCCAUGCAGGCAACAGAGACAGACGAAUGUAUGAGCGGAAGUGAAUGUGUGGAAGAGAGAAAGAGUAAGCGAGAAAGAGAGGGAGAAUAAGAAACUGAACGAGAGAGAAUGAAUUAGUACGUACGGGAGACAGCAAGAAAGAAUGCUCACUGUGAAUAUUUUUAUUAAAUUUUCAAGUUUGAUGACUCUCUUCCGUCGCAACAAUUAAUAAAUAAACAUAAGCAUAAGUGAAAGAA